GCCUACAUCGUUAUUAGUAUCCUCAUUAAAAUGGAUAAAUACAAAAAAAUAUCGGUCAUUGGGCAAGGCUCUUACGGUAUUGUUUACAAAGCCGAAGUAAAAAGUUCCAAGCAAAAUGUUGCACUCAAGGUUAUAACAAAGCGCCAAAAAUCUCUAAAAGAAAUUCAGAAUCUACGUCAAGAAUUUGAAAUCCAGCGCAACCUCUGUCAUCCCAACAUUAUUCGCAUGUUAGAAUCCUUUGAAACUGAAGAUGAUAUCAUCGUUGUGACAGAGUUUGCACCUCAAGAUCUCUCUCAGUUGCUAAAGGAUAAUGGGCAUCUUCUUGAGAAUAGAGUUAAAGAAAUUGUAUGUGAUUUACUAUCUGCUCUUUACUACUUACAUUACCAUAGAGUUUUGCAUAGGGAUUUGAAACCUCAAAAUAUUUUAGUUGAAGCUGAUGGCACUGCUAAAUUGUGUGAUUUUGGAUUUGCAAGAAGUAUGAGCAUUGAUACUUAUGUGUUGACAUCUAUCAAGGGAACUCCCUUGUACAUGGCACCUGAAAUUAUUUCGCAAUGUCCAUAUGACCACAGUGCAGAUCUUUGGUCUCUUGGGUGCAUUGUUUAUGAAUGUUUAGUUGGCUCUCCUCCUUAUUACACUGACGCUUUGCUUCGUUUAGUUAGUUUAAUUCAACAGGAGAUAAAGUGGCCAACAUUUUUAUCUCCAGAGUGUUUAUCCUUUUUACAUGGUUUGUUGCAAAAAGAUCCCUCCAAACGUCUUUCUUGGCCAAAUUUACUUCAUCAUCCAUUUGUUGACUUUUCUAAAAUUAACUUAGCAAAUAUUCCAUCAAACGCCACUGUUGUUGUACCACUUACUCAUCCAUUAACUGCCUCUCAGGCUUUGGCAAGGGAAAAACAGAAGAAAGAUUUGAUAUGCCAUGUUGCAGGAAAACCAAGAAAAUAUGCAGAGUCUGCAAAAUACUUAGAACAACAGGAGAAUAAACGUAAGGUUUUGCAAGAGCUGCAGAUGCAUUCAAAGUCAAGAGUUUGCAGAGAAAGUCCUGAACAAGUACAUAGUGAUCAAAACUUACCUCGAUCAACCAAAAUUUUAGUAAAUAACAUAAUUGGUGCCAAUGGCAAUGUAUCUCCUAAUAUGAUUUCUUCUCCUGACAAUGCCAAAUGUACUUCUGGUGUGCAAACAAAUGACCCCAUGGGAAAAGAAACUGAAGACAUCUCCUCUCCAGUAGCUGUCAUUCAAAGAGAUGUGGAAUGCCCCUCUGCUCGUGUAACUAUUAAUGGAGAACUCAAUGAUGAGAGUGCUGAGUUAUGCAACCUAUCUCAAAAUGACAUCAAGUCAGCAAAAAGUGGUGGUCAAUCUCUUUUAAGCUGGAUGUCUGAAAAUAAUCCACAGCCUAUCGAAUGUGAAGAAUGGCUAUUCUUCCUUCAAAAGACAAUGGAAGAAGUUAUGGAGGGAGAGAUAGAUGUUAUGACUCAAGAAAAUUUUGUUGCCAUGCUUGUUGCACCAUUGCACAACCCCCACGCUUCAAGUAAAGUUAUUGAGUAUGUAGCAAAUUUAUUAUCCCUUCCUUUUGUUGUGAAUGGCAUUAGUAAUGAUGCACUGACCAGGAUAAAAGAAGUAUAUCGCAUUGUAAAGGCAGUUCCUAAUCUUGUUUAUGCAUCCAACUUACUUACAAGACAGAGGAUUUGUGAUGCUGAAACUGACUCGGAAGAUACACAUUCAUUGCGGCCAGUAUCUGGCUUAGGAGCAGAUGAACUUCAUGCAAUGGAAUGCAUCUAUCUGUUGCUUUGUAAUCUUACGCACAUGUGGGACUACUUUUUGGCCCAAUUUUGUGAUGCUGUUGUAAUUCUGGAUGGAAUAGCUCUUCUCCAACAAUUCUUAUUAGUAGGUCGUAGGAAACCUCGUAUAGUGGCUGAUCUCCUUGCAAUUCUUGCCCAUAUUUUGAGGAGAUUGCCUGAAAAUGCAAGUCUUGUUGAGGAAAUUGUGCUUUCCCCAGCUCAAAGAGAAAAGGGAAAAGAUCUGAGCAGUAUUCUCAAGAAUAAGUGCCCACUGAUAAAAUCAAGAUGCUGUCACCUUCUUCGACUACUUGGCCGUUGUUCCUGCAGAGCUCUACAAAAUGCAUGGACCUCACAGUUACGAUCAGACCUGGAGAAGCUUCUUGAAGAUUCAAGUGAUUUAGUGCAAGAGGCUGCAGAAGAGGCUGUGAAUAGACUUAAAGUAUUAGUCUUUUAUGAAACAUGUAAACGAUGACAUUCUGUGAUAUGAAGUAUCAAUAUGUUUUAUUCUACCCAUGUGAUUUACAGUUUUAUCAUUCUAUUAUCUAGUUUUUCUAUGUUUUGUAGUUGGAUCCUAGGAACAAGAGCUAAAAGUGCUGAGACUAUUUUUCAUUUUUCUCUUAAUUUAUCUGUCUCUAUAAAACUAAACUUUAUGUAUGCUAUGAAAUUUGCUAAUGUAUUCCCAUAGAAGUUCUUUUAUCACCUAUGUCACCAAAUUCACUUUACAAUAUUUAACUUCCCCUCACAAAUCCACUUUAAGUAGCUAAAGAAAUAAAAAAUUGUGUUCAUGGAUAUA